AUGAGUGCAACCGAGAUCAAGGCCUCAAAGGCAAACAUUGGUGUUUACACCAACCCCGCCCACGAUCUAUGGGUUGCAGAGGCAGAACCAAGUCUGGAGGAGGUGCAAAGAGGCGGAGAUUUGAAGCCUGGAGAGGUUCUGCUGAACGUCAAGAGCACCGGUAUCUGCGGUAGUGACAUUCAUUUCUGGCAUGCUGGUUGCAUUGGUCCCAUGAUUGUCGAAGAUACACAUGUCUUGGGCCACGAAUCUGCAGGCACAGUCAUGGCCUGCCACCCCUCAGUGACACACCUCAAGCCCGGCGACCGCGUAGCCAUCGAACCCAACAUCAUCUGCGGCGAAUGUGAGCCCUGUCUUACAGGCCGCUACAACGGCUGCGAGCGUGUGCUCUUCCUGUCCACCCCGCCCGUCACCGGCCUGCUGCGCCGCUACCUCAAGCACCCAGCCAUGUGGUGCCACAAGCUUCCGGACAGCAUGAGCUUCGAAGACGGCGCCAUGCUCGAGCCCCUCAGCGUCGCCCUUGCAGGCAUGGACCGCGCCAACGUCCGUCUCGGCGACCCCGUCAUCGUAUGCGGCGCUGGCCCCAUCGGCCUCGUCACCCUCCUCUGCUGUCAAGCCGCAGGCGCCACUCCCCUCGUCAUCACAGACAUUGACCAAGGGCGCCUCAACUUCGCCAAAGAGCUCGUCCCCAACGUCCUCACCCACAAGGUCGAAUUCAGCCACACUCCCGAAGACUUCCAAGCCGCCAUCCUCAAGCUCACCGACGGUGUCGAGCCCUCGCACGCCAUGGAAUGCACCGGCGUCGAAAGCUCCAUCAACAGCGCCAUCCAAACCGUCAAGUUUGGCGGCAAAGUCUUCGUCAUUGGCGUCGGCAAAAACGAAAUCAAAAUCCCGUUUAUGCGCCUCAGCACCCGCGAGGUCGAUCUCCAGUUCCAGUACCGCUACUGCAAUACUUGGCCCAAGGCUAUCCGGUUGUACAAGAGCGGUGUCAUUGAUCUCAAGAAGCUCGUUACCCAUCGGUUUAAGCUCGAGGAUGCCGUCGAGGCGUUUAAGACCGCGGCGGAUCCCAAGACCGGGUGCAUCAAGGUGCAAAUUCAGAGCUUGGAUUAG